GAACGCAACGGCAGCCAUCUACCUUGAAGAAGCAACGAAGACCAAAGAAUCUGACAUUGGAGCAUUUCUCAUCCAUGAAAGUUUGGACAAGUUUGGGACAUACCAUGUUAGAGUUAGGCUCAGCAGAAACUCACCCAAUGACCAUAAUACACCGAGCUCAGGAAUAAUAGAAUGUCUGCCAGGUGGGCAGUUGAAGCUAACAAUGGGCGAGCAAGAGUUCACAUUUGAUCAUUGUUGCCAAGUGAGGAGUCACCUGACAAGUAGAUGUGGGCCACAGGUGGCGGCAUCUCCGAACACUUUCUCAGUAUUGGCAGACAUUAAUGAGGAAUUUCAAGAAACGAAACCAGAGUAUUAUGGGCCCCACACAACCAGUGAGGAUGUUCAAAUAGAGUCAACAGGGCUUCUAGCCAUGAAUAAGGACCUGCUUAGAGUCUCAGAAAUACCAGCUCUACUUCAGAAGAAGACAAGAGAUUUUUUUAUCUUUAAUGAAAAGUCCAAACUAAUUUUGAAAAGCAAGGACAUUAUUAAUAUGGAUUGGGUGCAGAAGCUCAAAAAGUACACUGUAGCAGCUUUCCGAGAGGGACUUGUGAAACUUCAAACAUUGUACCGCAUUAAAAAGACCAGUUUCCUCAAGUACUACUGCAUGGUUCUGGAUCCAAAGUUUUCUGUCUUAAUGGAGUUUACCCCACAUCAUGAUGUCCUGACCUUCAUUUGCGAGAAUCCCCAGUCGGUGGCACAGAAAGUGAAUAUCAUGGAUCAGAUCAUUAAAAUUCUCAUUGUGAUGGAGAAGCACAACAUUUACCAUGGAAACUUGAGACUGAGGAAAUUUUAUGCCUUUGUCCCUCAUGGGUCUAAGCAAAUUACAGUGAAACUUGGUGACCCUGGGAUAGUUUCCCACUUUGAUGAUUUGAAUUUGAAGAACAUUCAUAAUGUUGAAAGAGCUCCAUGGCUUUCACCUGAACGGAGAAAUAACCUGAAGAAAAUCACGUAUGAAUCUGAGGUAUAUGCUAUGGGAACUACCCUGUAUGAGCUUCUGUGCCAGAGUGACCAGUUCUCACAGGAUCUGAAACUCAGUCGGGGUGAAAAUAUGCUGACGUACCUGGAGACAAACAAGCACCUCCCACGCCCAACUUUUCUUGAAGACAACAACAGGGAACCAUCCUCAGAAGAAGAUGAAGGGAAGAAGCUGGUACCAGAAGCUUUAGAAGUCCUUGAGAGGAUUUGGAAAAUUAUCCUGAUGUGCUGGGAGAAGGAUCAGGCAUACAGACCGUUAAUCUCAACUCUGAAUAGCAAGAUGGAAG